AUGGGUCUGGGUCAAUGGUUGGCAAGUCAGCCGAAAUUUAUUGCUAAUCCAGUCUACAUUCCUGGUGACUCAUGUUCUGGCAAACCUUUACCAAUUAUUGCUACAUAUAUUUCAGAUGGAAACGAAGCUGGAGAAAAGUCAAAAAUAAAUAUAAAAGGAUAUGUUCUUGGAAACCCAGCAACAGAUCCAAAAUUUAAUUGGAAUUCUAGGAUUCCAUUUGCUCAUCGCACAGCUCUUAUUUCUGACAAACUCUACAAGUCAGUAAAAAUGAGUUGCAGAGGGAAGUAUGUCAGAGUGAAGAAAGAUAAUCAAUCGUGUCAAAAGGACCUCCAAGCUAUCUCACAGCUAACCAAUAAUACAAAUUUUGAACAUAUCUUAGAGCCUAAAUGUCCAUAUGAAGCCCCAAUUUCGGAUUAUAGGAAUGAUGAUCGGAGCAUUCUUCAAGAAAAAUAUAAGGAGAUGUUGCUUUCUUCACUACAAAUUUUACAAUUUGGGUGUAGGAAUUAUGAGAAUUUAUUGCUGACUGUAUGGGCCAACGAUGUGCAUGUUCAACAGGCGCUGCAUGUUCGUAUGGGAACUGUGAACGCUUGGAUAAGAUGUAACCGCAGCAUAAUUUACACAAAUGAUGUCCAAAGUUCUGUUGCCUAUUGUUGUCUUGCUAACGUUUAUACAAAGAAGUACAAAAGCAAAAUUGCAAUUGCUCGGAACUAA